AUGGAGCUUGAUCGGUUCGGCAUUCACGAUGAGGAUGAUGAAGACGAUGCAGCCACUCAGUACAUGAUUGAACAGAGUCUGCUGGAGAGCAGCAAGCAGAAGGAGACGCACAGAAACGCCACAACGCGGGACGACAGGAGCAGCUCAGAAUCUGCAGACAUCAGCAAGAUCUUCACUGCUAUUAGACAAGGUAAUGAGAAGCUCCUGAAGGAUCUGUGUGUCAGACAUAAAGAGAGCUUUUCACUGGCAGACAGCAGAGGCUGGACACCUCUCCACGAAGCAGCAUCUCAGAGCAACCAGAGCAUCCUGGAGCUCACAUACAAAGCUUCAGGCCCAGACUCAGUGAAGUGUUGCACGCUACGAGGUCAGACUCCACUCUUCCUCGCAGUAGAACAUGGUCUUAUAGAAAAUGCCUCCUUCCUCCUCAAACAUGGAGCCAGCCCAGACAUCCAGGAUGACAACCAGGACUCCCCGCUAUUUGUGGCGAUCCGCUUAGACCGCCUUGACUUGGUGAAGCUGCUGCUCCUGCGUGGCUCCAACGUGCACCAGGAGGGUUGCCACGGCCGUCGGCCCCUCCACGAGGCCUCACGGUUCGGCAGAACGGAGAUGGUAAAGGUACUGCUGGAGGCCGGAGCGAGGCCCGACCCCCGCAGCCACUAUGGCCUCACGCCGCUGGCUCUUGCAGCUCAGGAAGGUCACCUAGAGGUGGUGCAGAUUCUGCUGAAGAAAGGUGCUGACGUCUUCUCUCAGGCACAGGACGAGGCAUCCAUCAUGUAUGAAGCAUCAGCGUCUGGUAAUCCAGCCGUCAUCAGCCUCCUGCUGGAAUAUGGUGCCGAUGCCAACGUUGCCAAACACACGGGACACAUGCCAAUCCACCGUGUGGCUCACCGAGGACACCUGGAAGCUCUGCAACUGCUGCUUCCUGUCACCUCUAUGAGGGAUAUAAAUGACAGUGGGAUGAGUCCCCUUCACUCAGCUGCUGCGGGAGGACACACAAACUGCAUCAAGGUAUUGCUGGACGCAGGAUAUGACCCCAACUACAUGCUCCACCCCUGGGUUCGCCGCAGCUACGAUGAUGAGAGGAAGUCAGCUCUCUUCUUUGCCGUCUCUAAUAAUGAUAUGCCGUCAGCAAAAUUGCUGCUGGAGGCCGGAGCCAUGACCAACCAGGACCCGGUCAAAUGUCUGCAGGUUGCACUGCGCAUGGGCAACUAUGAGUUGAUGGACCUGUUGCUGCGGUUCGGAGCCAACGUCAACUAUUACGCCAGGAUAAACACGACUCACUUCCCGUCAGCACUGCAGUACGCUUUCAAAGACGAGGUGAUUCUCAGGAUGCUGUGUAACUAUGGUUACAAUGUGGAGCGCUGCUUUGACUGUCCCUAUGGAAACAAACCCCACAUCCCUGAAGACUAUGAGGGAUGGAGCGACAGCGUGAUCAAAGACACUAUGUUCUGCGAGGUGAUCACAGUAUCCUGGCUGAAACACCUGUCGGGCCACGUGGUUCGUGUCCUGCUGGACUACGUGGAUCACGUGACCAUGUGCUCCAAACUGAAGGCGGUUCUGAUGGAGCAGAAGCAGUGGCCGGACAUCUGCAGACUGCAAGAAAACACCCGCUGCCUGCAGCAUCUCUGCCGCCUGCGGAUCCGCCGGAGUCUCGGCCGCCUCCGUCUCCGGUCCCAGGUCUUCAUGAGCUUCGUGCCGCUGCCGGAGCGGCUGAAGGACUACAUCCUGUACCGGGAGUACGACCUGCUGCGGGGCCGGUGGGGUGGCAAUCCGGGCUGAUAAUUUAGGGGCUAAAAGAGGAGCGUGUUAGGCUGACAUACACAUGUGCCUAGUUAGUUACAAAUAUAAUGCA